AUGGCAUCAUCGGAUGCGUCUUGCUCCUCCUUUACGGCGCCCCCGAAGCCAGACCAUUCCCCACUGAAGGCGUUACCAUCUGUUUCGGACCGCACAGCCAUUGCCAACGAUAUCAUGCUGAAUAUGGUCAUCCGCCAGAACCCUUUCUCCAUCACUCUGGACGCUCUUGCUAUGCUGGUGGCUGCUCUCCUACUCGUCACUGGGAUGCACGUUCUGCAGCCUAGCCUGCUCGAAGUCAUCAUAAUCGCAGUGCCUCUGGUCUUACUUGUCCGCAAUGAUUACAUUAACUUCCUGCUUCUCGGCCCAGGCGGCACACCACCUACCUUUUCUGGUUAUCUACGCCUGCUCUGGUUUCGCCUCUUCGCCCUGCGGGAUGUUUACCACAGUCAGCCACCCUCAGAUACGGUUCUUGCGCCCGCCGCCGGCAUACUGAAAGAAUUACCAUAUCGCCCUGGCCCGCGUCCCAUCGUGGCCGGCCUGGCACCACAGCGCCAACUGAACCAGCCAGCCUCGGGCAAAUGCAACGUCGCCCUGCGCUCUGCCGUCGAGGACCUAACCCGGCAGUACCCCGACAGCCUCUGUACAGCUACAUCAUGCAUCGAGAAACACGGUUUCGGCCUGUUUGCGCGCCACCCCGUCAAUGUUUGGGGUCAGGGUGAGGUUUUCCAUAUUCACGACUCGGAGAAGUCUAUGCACAUGAGCCUACACCCGGACGACAUCAAGGAGGUUCUCGAGAAGGGCUGGGGCCAGCGGCAUCCACUGGCCUUCAAGGGCUGGGUUAAAGCACCGCUUCCCAUUACUUUCGUCAUGAUCUAUGCUCCGCGAGAUGAGAGUGAUCUAAAAAUUAUCGCCAAGAUCGUUGAGGCUGCCAUUUGGUACACUAUAGCCAAGGAGGUCAGGCUGGAGAUUCCACCUUUGAGCUCUCAAGAGUCUGCUUGA